UCUCCCCCGCACACUGCCACCACCUACGGAAGCUCAUCACCAUUGACGGGAGUGGCCGGAUCGCGGCGGCCGGAUAGUCGGAGCAUUGGACUCUCUUCCGUGAGCCGCAGUCGGAUAACCGCGUCCCAAGACCAACGGUCAAAAUGACCACGGACAUCUCCGUGGGGAUGCGCUGGGACCACAGCACGACCAACGCCCCGGAGAUGGACGAUUACGACUACGACGGCGGCAACAGCUCGUCGCGACUCUUCGAACGGUCGCGCAUCAAGGCCUUGGCAGAGGAGCGUGAAAUGGUACAACGCAAAACCUUCUGCAAGUGGGUCAACUCACACCUGGUUCGAGCCAACUGUCGCAUCACCGACCUGACCACGGAUAUGCGCGACGGAAAGAUGCUCAUCAAGCUGCUCGAGAUUCUCUCCGGAGAGAAACUGCAAAAGCCAACGAAGGGCAAGAUGAAGAUCCACUGCCUGGAGAAUGUGGACAAGGCGCUGACCUUCCUCAAGGAGCAGCGUGUCCACCUUGAGAACCUGGGAUCGCACGACAUUGUCGACGGCAACUCGCGGCUCACCCUGGGUCUCAUCUGGACCAUCAUCUUGCGUUUCCAGAUACAAGACAUCACAAUCGAGCAGGUGGACAACCAGGAGACAAAGUCUGCUAAGGACGCCCUGCUUCUCUGGUGCCAGAUGAAGACUGCUGGCUACCCCAACGUUAAUGUGCGCAAUUUCACCACCAGCUGGCGCGAUGGCCUGGCUUUCAAUGCUCUCAUUCACAAGCACAGGCCAGACCUGAUCCAGUACGACAAGCUGUCGCGCUCCAAUGCCAUCUACAAUCUCAACAACGCAUUCACCACCGCCGAGCAGAAGCUCGGACUCACGCGCCUCCUCGACCCCGAGGACGUGUUUGUGGACAACCCCGACGAGAAGUCCAUCAUCACCUACGUGGUGACCUACUACCACUACUUCUCCAAGAUGAAGGCUGAGACAGUGCAAGGCAAGCGUAUCGGCAAGGUCAUUGGCCACGCCAUUGAAAAUGAGCGCAUGAUUGCCGAGUACGAGAGCCUCACCUCGGACCUGCUCCGCUGGAUCGAGGAGACCAUCGUGGCUCUGUCAGACCGGCAGUUCGCCAACUCAUUGGUGGGCGUGCAGCAGCAGCUGCUGGCGUUCAACACCUACCGCACCUCCGAGAAGCCCGUCAAGUUCGAGGAGAAGGGCAACCUGGAAGUCCUGCUGUUCGCGCUGCAGAGCCGACUGCGGGCCAACAACCAGCGGCCGUACACGCCGCGCGAGGGCCGCCUCCUGGCCGACACGAACCGUGCCUGGGAGCGGCUGGAGAAGGCGGAGCACGAACGAGAGCUGGCGCUCCGCGAGGAGCUGAUCCGCCAGGAGAAGCUGGAGCAGCUGGCUGCCCGCUUCGACCGCAAGGCCGGCAUGCGCGAGACCUGGCUGGCCGAGAACCAGCGGUUGGUCUCGCAGGACAACUUCGGCCAGGACCUGGCGUCGGCGCAGGCGGCGGCCAAGAAGCACGAGGCCAUCGAGACGGACAUCCUGGCCUACGAGGAGCGUGUCCAGGCAGUACUGGCCGUGGCGCGGGAACUCGAGACCGAAGGGUACCACGACGUGGAUCGCAUCAAUGCCAGGAAGGACAAUGUUCUGCGCCUGUGGAGCUACUUACUGGAGCUGCUGCGUGGUCGGCGGGCGCGCCUCGAAGCAUGCUUGCAACUGCAGCAAGGCCUGCAAGAGAUGCUGUACAUCGUCGACGCUAUGGAGGAGCUCAAGGCUAGGCUGGCCAUCUCGGAUCUGGGUCAGCACCUGAUGGGCGUCGAGGACCUUCUGCAGAAGCACUCGCUGCUCGAGGCGGACGUCAACGUGCUCGGGGAGCGGGUCCGCGCCGCCAUCGCACAGGCGCCCGCCGACCCACUCGUGGCCGAGAGGGUCAAGCAGCUGGAGGAGGCAUACGCCGAACUGCUGGCAUUGGCGACGGAGCGCAGGCGUCGUCUCGAGGACUCGCGCCGCCUGUGGCAGUUCUACUGGGACAUGGCCGAGGAGCAGGCCUGGAUCGAGGAGAAGGACCGCAUCCUGUCGUCGCUGGAGCUGGGGCAUGAUCUCACCAUGGUGCACCUGCUCAUCUCCAAGAAUAAGGCAAUGGAGGAUGAGCUGGCAGCCCACGAACAGCAGCUACAGGCCGUGAUACAGGCCGGCGAGUCGCUGGCCGCAGAGGGCACGCCCGGCUCCGAGCGAGUGGCAGAGCGGUCCAGCGAAGUCCUGGCCGCCUGGGACCGGCUGCGGCAGCUGCAGGCCCAGCGCGCCGAGCGGCUCGCCAAGGCCCUGGACUUCCACCAGUUCUUCGCCGACGCCGACGACGUCGACACCUGGAUGCUGGACACGCUCAUGCUCGUCUCGAGCGACGACGUUGGCCGCGACGAGGCCAACGUCUCGUCGCUGCUCAAGAAGCACAAGGAGGUCAUGGAGGAACUCAAGAGCUACGCUCAAGCCAUCGAUGCGCUUCAUGCCCAGGCGGGCGCUCUGGCAGAGCGCGAGUCGCCCGCGGUGCUGGAGCGGUUGGCCUCCAUCGACCGCCGCUACAAGGACCUCCUGGACUUGGGCCGUCUGCGAAAGCAACGUCUGCUGGACGCCCUCUCGUUGCACACGCUGCUCAACGAGGCUGAUGGCGUGCACCAGUGGAUCGAGGAGAAGAACAAGAUGCUCGACAGCAUGGUGCUGACCAAGGACGCCGAGGACACCGAAGUGAUGCGGCACCGAUUCGAGGGCUUCGAGCAGGAGAUGAACAACAGCGCUUCCCGCGUGGCCGUUGUGAACCAGCUGGCCCGGCAGCUGCUUAGCGUCGAGCACCCCAACGCAGAGGAAGUGCUGGCCAAGCAGAACUCGCUCAACCAGAGCUGGGCGUCCCUCCGGGAUGCGGCCGAGAAGAAGCGGGACAACAUCUCGUCGGCCCACGGAGUGCAGACCUUCCACGUCGAAUGCCGGGAGACCAUUACGUGGAUUGAAGAGAAGACGAAGCUGCUGCGAGCCACUGAGGACCUGGGCGAUGAUCUGACAGGCAUCAUGACGCUGCAGCGACGCCUUUCGGGCAUGGAGCGGGACCUAGCCGCCAUCCAAGCCAAGCUGGAUGCGCUGGACAAGGAGGCAGAGCGUAUCAAGCAGGAGCACCCCGAGGAGGCAGAGGCCAUCCAGGAGCGCAUUCUGCAGAUCAAAGCAGUUUGGGAGCAGCUUACGCAAUUACUCAAGGAGCGCGACGCCAAGCUGGAAGAAGCCGGCGACUUGCACCGAUUUUUACGCGACCUCGACCACUUCCAGGCGUGGCUCACCCGGACACAGACGGAGAUUGCGUCGGAGGACGAGCCGACCACGCUGCAGGAGGCGGAGCGGCUGCUGGAGCAGCACCGCCUCAUCCGCCAGGAGGUGGACAACUACACGGACGACUACACCAAGAUGAUGGAGUAUGGCGAGCGCAUCACGUCGGACGCGGCCGACGAGGACCCCCAGUUCAUGUUCCUCCGGGAGCGGCUGCGGGCCCUGCGGGACGGCUGGGCCGAGUUGCGCCAGAUGUGGGAGAACCGGCAGGCGCUGCUCUCGCAGUCCCUCAACCUGCAACUGUUCCAGCGGGACACCAAGCAGGCCGAGGUGCUGCUCAGCCGCCAGGAACACCACCUCGCCAAGGACGAGCAACCCGCAAGCUUGGAGCAAGUGGAGGACCUGAUCAAACGUCACGAGGCUUUCCUCACCACCAUGGAGGCUAACGACGAGAAGAUCAACGCUGUGCUUCAACACGCUCAGCGACUGUGCAGCGAGGGUCACAAGGAUGCCGACAAGAUCCGCAAGAAGGCCGACUCCAUCCUCGAGAGGAGAGACGCCAACCGAAAGCAGGCGAGCGAGCAGAUGGCACGUCUGGCCGACCAGCUUGCGCUGCACCAGUUCCUCCAGGACUGCGACCAGCUGACCGAAUGGAUCCAGGAGAAGAUGAUUGUAGCCCAAGACGAGACGUACCGCAGCGCCAAGACGGUGCACUCCAAGUGGACGCGGCACCAGGCCUUCGAGGCCGAGGUGCAGGCCAACAAGGAGCGUCUGGAGCGUGCCCAGCAGGCGGGGCGCGCCCUCGUGGCCGAGAAGCCCGAGAUGGCGCCCCUCGUCGAGCCCAAGCUCCAGGAGCUGGAGCAGCAGUUCAACAACCUGGAGGACACGACCCAGUCCAAGGGCCAACGCCUCUUCGACGACAACCGCCACGUCUUGUAUGAGCAGACGUGCGACGACAUCGACUCGUGGAUCGACGAGCUCGAGUCGCAGGUGCUCGUCUCGGAGACCGGCCAGGACCUGGCCUCAGUCACCACCAUCCUGCAGAAGCAGCGGGACGUGGAGAACCAGAUGGCGCAGAAGGCAAAGCAGGUGGACGCCCUCCAGGGACAGGCGCAAUACUUGGAGAAGCUUGAUCCGGACAGGGUCGAGGAACUCGUCACUCGGCGGGCUGUCGUGGAGCAGCGCUUCGAGCGGCUCCAGGCCCCACUGGAGCAGCGGCGGCGAGAACUACUCAAGAAGAAGGAGGCGUACCAGUUCCGGCGCGACGUCGAGGACGAGAAGCUGUGGGUGGCCGAGAAGAUGCCGCUGGUCAAGUCGCCCGACCGCGGCGCAUCCCUGUUUGGAGUGCAGAUGCUCCGCAAGAAGGAGCAGUCCCUCCGGCACGAGGUCGACCACCACGAGCCCCGGGUGGUGGCCAUCUGUGAGGACGGCCGCCGCCUCGCGGCCGAAGGACACCAGGACGGGCCUGAAUUCGAGCGGCUCGCCAAGGAGCUGGAAGAGCUGUGGGCCGAGCUGCGUCGGGCCCUGGAUGCACGGCGCGAAGACCUGCUCAUCUCGGAGAAGGCGCACCAGUACUACUUCGACGCCAGUGAGGCGGAGGCCUGGAUGAGCGAGCAGGAGCUGUACAUGAUGGUGGAAGACCGCGGCCGGGACGAGGCGUCGGCCCAGAAGCUGCGCAAGAAACACCAGAACCUCGAGGCGGCCGUGGACGACUACGCCGAGACGGUGCGGCAGCUGGGUGACACUUCGCGGCGGCUGGUUCAGGAAGGUCAUCCUGACAGCGACCAGAUUGCCGUGCGGCAGUCGCAAGUGGACAAGCUGUACGCGGGCCUACGGGACCUGGCCCUGGAGAGGCGGCAGAAGCUCGAGGAGGCCCUGCACUUGUUCGCCCUGAGCCGCGAGGUCGACGACCUCAUGCAGUGGAUCGCCGAGAGGGAGGUGGUGGCCAGCUCCCAGGAGCUGGGUCAGGACUAUGAGCAUGUGACGCUGUUGCGGGAGCGCUUCAACGCCUUCCGGGACGAGACGCGCACCAUCGGUGACGAUCGCGUGCAGAAGGCCAGCAGCCAGGCAGAGGUCCUGAUGACGGGACCAGAUGCGGCACAGGCGGCUCAGUGGAAGGACGCGCUGCAGGAGGCCUGGGCCGACCUGCUCGAGCUCAUGGACACCCGGGCGCAGGUGUUAGCGGCAUCGUGGGACCUCCACCGGUUCUUCCACGACUGCCGGGACGUCUACCAACGAAUUUUGGAGAAGCAAAAUGGCAUGUCUGAGGAGCUGGGCCGGGACGCCGUCAGUGUGUCGAACCUCCAGCGGAAGCAGGCCAACUUUGAGAACGACCUGCAGACCCUUGGUUCGGCCGUGGAGGGCAUUCGGUCACAAGCAUCACAGUUGGGAGCCGCAUAUGCAGGGGACAAGGCGCGUGAAAUCCAGACGCGCGAGGCGGAGGUGGUCGCGGCAUGGCAGCGACUGCUGAGCUCGUGCGACAGCCGGCGGGCGCGCCUCGCCGACACGGGCGACCUCUUCCGCUUCCUGAGCAUGGUGCGGGACCUGCUGCUGUGGAUGGAGGAGGUCGUGCGGCAGAUGAACAGCUCGGAGAAGCCGCGCGACGUCUCGGGCGUCGAGCUCCUCAUGAACAACCACCAGAGCCUCAAGGCCGAGGUGGACGCUCGCGAGGACAACCUUUCCGCCUGCCUGGCGCUGGGCCGUGACCUCCUGGCGCGGAACCACUACGCGUCGGGCGAGAUCAAGGAGAAGCUGCUGGCGUUGAGUACGCAGCGGGCAGCCCUGGGCGCCCGCUGGGACGAGCGCUGGGAGCACCUGCAGCUCAUCCUGGAGGUGUACCAGUUUGCGCGGGACGCCUCGGUCGCCGAACACUGGCUUCUAGCCCAGGAACCGUACCUGCUGAGCCAGGAGCUGGGACACACCAUUGACGAGGUGGAGCAGCUUCUCAAGCGGCACGAGGCUUUCGAAAAGUCGGCUGCCGCUCAGGAGGAGCGAUUCGCAGCGCUUGAGCGACUCACCACGUUCGAGCUCAAGCAGAUGCGAACGCGGGAGGAGGAGCAGGAGAGACGCCGGCAGCAGGAGGAGAUGGAGCGACUGGCAGCCCUACAGCCACCGCCGAGCCACGAGCCGUCUGCCCAGGACAGGGUCGACGCCGAAGCUUCUGCGGAAGCCGCCCGAGAGCCUGCUAUCCUGAACGGCGCCGAGAGUGCAGCAGCGGCGGUCGCUGUGUCGGCAUCAGCACCCGGAGCUGGAACAGAGGGGAGCCCCCGCGCCACGGCCGCAGCCGCAUCCACCGCUGCUGCCAUGUCCGUCAGUCCGUCGGGCCCGGCCGCAUCGUCGUCCGCACCGAGCACUCCGCCCAAGAUCAAGCGCUCUCGUUCCAAGUCGCCUUUCGGCAGCUGGCGCAAGAAGAAGCUGCCCGUAGAGGAAGAGACAGAGCGGCCAGCGGAGGACGAGUUCGAGGGCCUGCUGAUGAGGAAGCAUGAGUGGGAGUCCACGACCAAGAAGGCCUCCAACCGGUCAUGGGAGAAGCUGUACCUCGUCAUCCGAGGAGCCACGCUGGCCGCCUACAAGGACCAGAAGCACUACCGACAGGAACCUGAGGGCCACUACCGUGGCGAGGCACCAGUGGACCUGAGGACAGCCACCGCCGAGCGCGCCACCGACUACACCAAGAAGAAGCACGUCUUUCGGCUUAAGCUUUCCAACGGUGGAGAGUUCCUCUUCCAAGCAAAAGAUGAGGAGGAGUUAUCCCAGUGGCUGCAACAGCUUCAGGCGGCCAUCGGGGAAGCCCAGGCGGGCCCGUCGCGAGCACAGACGCUGCCGGCCGAGCGCAGGGACGAGCCCCGCAAACGCAGCUUCUUCACUCUUAAAAAGAACUAAGUUACAAGGAGGCGGAGGAGGGUGGCCGGCAAGCGACGGCAUCUCUCCUGCACCACCAGCUGUUGACUGCCAAAGUGGUUUACGUGUUGUAGCAGCUCGACAAUAAAAAAACGUUUCUCUCUCA